UUACAACCCGGAACACGGGGACUGUAACGAAACUUGGGGGUGUCGUCCACCAGAGAAAACUUUUCCGUUGGCUAUUCAGAGAAGGCAGUGUUUAAGGUUUUGGAACCAGCCAAUAAUUAGCAGUCACGUGACCAGCCGAAAUGAGUUUUACGCUUGUACACGUGAUGUUACAAACUUUAACGUGGCUUCAUGUGUCACGGAAUACAUCCUGAACUUCAAGUAUAGGUCUGUGCAAGUACUGUGGUGAAACUUUUGAGUUGUUCAGUGUCCUCCCGGAUGAUUAAAUGAAACGAUCUCAUUGCGCAGCCGGUCUGAGUGAGAUAUUCUGGACAUUAUGCCAACUGAAGAAGUCCAUGACAGUGUUUCCGCAGAGGAUGAUGUUAAGAAGGCACCAGAUGUUCCUUUUCUUUUAGAAGAGCGUGUAAAAGAGAAAGUGCCCUGGAAGGAAGUGUUGAAAAAGAAGGUGGGCAAAAAGUGUUCCUGCAGUUCUGCUCGAGUCAAAGCCCUGCUCAUAGACUCUAUCCCAAUUGUGAAAUGGCUGCCAAAAUAUCAAUUCAAAGACUGGAUCAUUGGGGAUGCCAUGUCUGGACUUAUCGUGGGCAUCCUCUUGGUUCCUCAGUCCAUCGCCUAUUCUUUACUGGCAGAACAAGACCCUAUUUAUGGCCUCUAUACAUCUUUCUUUGCCAGCAUUAUCUACACACUACUGGGCACCUCUAGGCACAUCUCUGUUGGGAUAUUUGGGGUACUGUGUCUUUUGGUGGGACAGGUUGUGGACCGGGAACUUACUCUGGCAGGAUAUCCAUCGGACGCCAAUCAGACCACCUUUGGAAAUGUUGACAACAGCACUGGUCCAAUCUGUGACCGAAGCUGCUAUGCAAUCAUGGUGGCAGCAACACUAACUUUCACAGCAGGGAUCUACCAGGUGUUGAUGGGUCUCCUACAGGUUGGCUUUGUCUCGGUCUACCUCUCGGACUCUCUUUUGAGUGGUUUCGCAACUGGUGCCUCUCUUACCAUCCUCACAUCCCAGAUAAAGUACUUGCUGGGGCUUCACCUUCCUCGUGUCCAAGGGUGGGGUUCGCUCAUAAAAACCUGGAUCAGUGUUUUUAAAAAUCUGGGUCAUAUCAAUGUCUGUGACCUCAUAACCAGCGUGCUCUGCUUGCUUGUGCUUGUACCCACCAAAGAGCUCAACGACCGCUUCAAAGCCAAGCUCAAGGCUCCUAUUCCCUUCGAACUCUUUGUGGUCAUUGCUGCUACUCUAGCUUCCCACUUUGGCCAGUUCGAAGAAACUUAUGGCUCGAAUGUAGCUGGCAACAUUCCCACAGGCUUCAUGCCACCUCAGCUUCCCAACUGGUCUCUCAUACCCAAUAUCGCCGUUGACGCGUUCUCAAUCGCCAUUGUUGGUUUCGCCAUUACUGUUUCUCUGUCGGAGAUGUUUGCCAAGAAACAUGGUUAUACGGUUGAUCCUAACCAGGAGAUGUAUGCUAUUGGGUUCUGUAAUAUCAUUCCUUCCUUCUUCCGUUGUUUCACGACCAGUGCUGCUUUGACCAAGACUCUUGUAAAGGAGUCGACUGGUUGCCAGACUCAGAUCUCGGGGUUGGUGACUGCUCUUGUGCUGCUGCUCGUCCUUCUUGUUAUAGCACCUCUCUUCUACUCAUUGCAGAAAUGUGUUCUGGCCGUUAUCAUAGUCGUCAACCUCCGUGGGGCACUACGGAAGUUUGGGGACAUUCCCCAAAUGUGGCGUGUAAACCGUGUGGACGCUAUCAUCUGGCUGAUUACUAUGGCUACGUCAGCGCUAGUCAACACUGAGCUAGGUCUACUAGUUGGAGUCCUGGUCUCUGCGUUCUGUGUGCUAGGCCGAACCCAGUCGGCCCAAGUCCAUCAGCUGGGCCAAGCAGGGGACCGCGAGCUCUUUGAGGACCUUGCGUCCUACAAAGGUCUCCAGAGCCAUGCAGGGGUGGCUGUUUUCCGAUACGAAGCUCCCAUCUACUAUGCCAACCAAGCUCUUUUUAAGAAGUCACUGUACCGCAGUGUGGGCCUUGAUCCACUUAAAGAGAAGGCCAGGCGCAAGAAACUAGACAAGCAGAAGAAUCAGAAACAAGAUGGAGAAGACCAGAAACAAGAGAUGCACGUGUCCACCAAUGUGUAUCUGCUACAGCUCAACAGUUUGCACACGUUGGUCAUAGACUGCAGUCCAGUGCUGUUUCUGGACACUGCUGGAGUCAAUGCUUUGAAAGAGGUAUGCAAGGGCUACAAGGAGUUGGGAGUCAAUGUGCUUUUGGCCCGAUGCAACACCUCCGUCAUUGAUUCUUUACGAAGGGGAGGCUAUUAUGACCCAAAGAAAGGGAUCAUAGACAUACAGUUUCAUACUCUUAGUGAUGCCAUCUCUUAUGCCCAAAGCUUGAAGUCACAAAACGGUGAUUGUGACACUGUUGUGUAAUACCUUGUAAUGCAUUGAUCCAAAAUUGCAUUUAAUAUUUGUCUGUUUCAGCAGUUCAGGAUUAUAUGAGCAUGUACUUUCCCUCAUGUCGUUCUGAAUAUGUAUAACUUUUUUUUAAUACAAAAGAAGGUAUCUAGAAUGUUUCUUUCUGUGAAUCUUGUCUAUGCUAUGAAAGUCAAUGGAGCCCAAAAUGUGUUGGUUUGGACCCCACUGAAUGCAUAACUGCAUUAAAGAAACUAAAUCAUUACUAAAAAUAUAACGUCAUAAAGGUUUGGAACCACAUGAGGGAGAGUAAAUGAUGACUUUUCAUUUUUGAGAGAACUAAAUGUCAAAAUGUCUAGACAAUCAAUGUUUAUGUCUGUUACAACAUAAUUGCCAUUGAAAAAACGUCUUGUGUUCUGCAGGACCUUUAAAUAUAAGUUCAAACUUUAAAGACAUUGUGUAUCCCAGUCAGGAUGAUAAUCAGAAAUAUAAAAUUAUGUAUUUUGAUAUCAUUUACAUGUAUUAAUUUAAAUAGCUAAAACUCUGUAUUUAUGGGCUGAAUAGAAAAUAUUUAUGCUAGACGAGCUCCAGUUUUUAUGUGUUCUCUUUAUCUCCUUCCACUGUAGUUUUUGCUCAUUCAGUCAGAAUUAUAUGAUAUAUAAUCUCAUUUGUAAUAUUUACCCAUCUUUAUGGGUACUUGUACAUGUUUAAAUGACCAUAAAGCUUGGAUCCACUGAGCUCUUGUUGUCCGGGUGAAUGUAAGUUGAACUCUUUCACCCAGUCAUCAGAUGUUUACCUCUAUCGCAGAAGCAUUGUGUGUGCAGAUGUGCCUUGUCACUGUGACUGUGUGCAGCAGAGGUGCAGGACUCCAGUAACAUGACUUAAGUUGCACCUUUUAGGACUUGAGACCUGCUUGACAAAUAUUUAGCAGACCCCUUUACCGACCUUUUAUUUUACUUUUUCUCUUAAAAAAAAAAGCACAGUGAAAAAUAUAGCAACUUCUUGGACAAACCCUAUGAAGUUUCUGAGACUCGGCGCAGGAGUAAUGUUUAAUGUGUAUUUGAUUUCAUUAGAUGACAUCGUGAUUAUGAAUCAGGAUUUUUGUGCAGAUUAACAUCUAACGGAGAGCUAGUAGUCUUAAUGGGCCACGUUUCAGUCUCUGUUUUAUAUUCAUCCCGUUGUUUUACAGCAGAAACAGUGAAAACAGUUGUAUUGGGAAUUUGGCUGCAUUAAAAUACAGUUUGUGAGCACUAUCAAUUAUUUUAUUUUUUUUAAAGAUUUUUUUGGAAUUGCAAUGUAUUGUAAAUGGUUAUUCAUUGUUUUGAAGGAAAUGUCAGCUAUAUAUAUAAAUCUUUUUAUUUUUAAGGCAAUAGCACUUAGUAUAUGAUCUGUACAGUUUCUAAUAAUUGGUUUUCAGCAUUAGACUCUGAGAGAAAAGCUUAUGUAUAGCUUAUGGGGAUUCAUAAAAGAAAAACAAAUCAUACGGCGUUGCGAGCCCACCCAUGCAUAAACAAAACAAAACAAAAAUCCUCAAACUUACAAGCACAACCAUGCACAUGCAAACAAACUACACUUUCCCUCACGUGCAUAAACACAUCCACUUACAAAUAUUAAUAAAUCUCUCUCGCUCUCACACACAUUACAUUAUAUUAUAUUCAAUUAGUAAUAUAAUAUAUAUUUUUUCUUGUUGUUGUUAUUCUUUUGUUAAAAAGGAAAGAUCUAACUUAAGAAUGUGUUCAUGUCCCAUAAAGGUAAAAAUGCCAUUUGGUGGCAUAGAAACCUUUAUAGUUGAAUUGUUUAAUACUUUUUUCAUGGUCUUCUGCCAUGUCUGAGGCAUAUUGAAACAGCUCUACCUAAAUACUUUUUUUUCAUACUUUUAUGAUGGACUAAUUUGAGUUACAUUUACAUUUUAGGCUAUGAACAGUCAUUUUAAUCUGUAUGUAUUUUUAGAUUUUUAUUGUAAUUAACUGUAUUUGGACACCUUUUGAGUAGAAAUGUAUAUUAUUAUUAUUAUUAUUUUUUGUUCCAAAUAAAAUCCAUAGUCCGUAACUACUGUUUUUUUAAAUCUAUAAAUUCAGUUAAAUCAUCAAACUUUUGUAUGCCUAGACUGUGACUUGCUUGAUUGACUUGGACUUGUUUAAGACUUGACGGUUAAGACUUGAGACUUGUGGCUUGCACCUCUGCUGUGCAGACACAGAGUAGCUUUUGAAAAUGUGCAUCCUUUUUUCUUGAAAGGCUUUACUUAAGGAGCUAAAUCAAAAUGUUGGGUCAGGUCUUUCUUUGACCCCGCUUUAAUUUCAUGCAUUUUAAUGCCAUCAUGUCUGACCUGUUGAACAGGUCUGAUGGAACCGGAAAUAUAGCCGGGUGAUCCGACCUUUACCCCAAAACCAAGCUCAGGGAAAUUACACAAUCUGUCCUCCCAUUGGCUGAAUCAGAACAAGUUAUAAAGACAUGAUUUUCUAAAAGCCAGAUAUAUCACUGAUAGAAUGCUAGCACAAAUAAAAAUAGAAGCAUAUGCCUUUUAGGGAAAUCUAGGAACAUUUUAUGUAGUUUUUAUCACAUGUAGUGGUUAUGCUAUUAAAAACAAAGUUUCCAAAAGUACAUUUUAACAGUGAUGCCAUAGAAGAACCAUUUUUUGGUUCCUCAAAGAACAUUUCAGCCAGGUCUUAAAAUAACCUUUUUUUUUUUUUUUUUUUUUUUGAAGAACAUUUUAAAGAACAUUUUGUGCAAUGGAAAAGUUCUAUGAAGGUUCUUCAUGACACCAUUAAUGUCAAUAAAUCUUUAUUAUUUCAGAAUAUAUGGUGAUGCUUUUAGUAAAAACAUUUCCAAUGGUUUUUAGUUCAUGUUUGUGGAUUGUUUCUGUGCAUUUUGCUUUGUAUUAGAAUUACUGCAAUCGUAUUGCAAGCUUUGCUUAACUGUUAAAGAUGUACUUUAUUUUCUUAAAACAUCUCUGUAUAUUCAAUUGAUGGUAUUCCCAUAAGCAACUAGAUAUGAUAUAUUGAUUAUUUGCAAUCAUUGAUAUUGAAAGAAAACCUAUAUCUCUCAUGUAAAGUGACAUAUUGUUUUCUACAGAAGUAAUUUGUCCUAUAGUUAAUACAAAAUAAACUAAAUGUUUACUGAAAGCUAA